UCCCCGGGCUGGGCGCUCUUCUCCCGGCUGUGGUCGGUGAGAGUCUCCGGUCUUGGUGCUCGGAUGCUCGGACACGAUGACGAUCCAGAACGCGCUCCGGGACCAUGGACAGAGACACCGCCCGCGGAUGUCCUGCCUCCAGAAGGCGGAGAGCGUCGUCCUGGAGAUGCAAGACCCCAAAUCUGGAGUCAAAUCUCAGACCCAAAGACUCGUCAUCACCACCAUCCCCCACGCCAUCACAGGAGAGGACAUCGUGAGCUGGUUGUCUGAACACUUCAACAUCGACACUUCAGAGGCGCGCAGUGUGGGGUCCAUGCUGGUUGCCCUCGGUUACCUGUAUCCUCUUCAGGACCAUAAGAAACUGUCCAUCAAAUCCGACGCCUCGCUCUACCGCUUCCAGACGCCGUACUUCUGGCCCACACAGCAGUGGCCUGUAGAAGACACAGAUUAUGCAAUCUAUCUCGCAAAACGAAAUAUUCGCAAAAAAGGCAUCCUGGAGCUUCAUGAACAGGAGCAGUACAACCGUCUGCACAAAUGGAUGAACCACAAAUGGGACUUUAUCGUCAUGCAGGCCAAAGAACAGUACAGAGCAGCGAAAGAGCGAAAGAAACCGGACAGAGUGGUGUUUGAGUGUCAGGAGAGAGCGUACUGGGUCGUCCACAGACCCCCGCCCGGGACAGUGAGUGCGAUGGACUAUGGACUGGACAGAAGAGCCGACCCCAACGCCGACCAGGCCACAACCCCGGACUUCUACGAGAGAAUUAUGAUCUUCACUCAACAGUCCAUCAUGAGGCCCCGGGUCAAGUCCUCCGUGUCUCUGGGAGCUUUGGUGAAAUACUGCGCCACGUACCACAGCCACGACCCGUUCCUCUCCAGAUGUCUGCCCUCCAACCCCUGGCUCACGGACGACGCCACCUACUGGACGCUCAACAUGCCCAAUGUGGAGGUUCCGACCAAACAGCGAGUCGAGAGAUGGACCUUCAGCUUCGGCGAACUGCUCUCAGACCCACGAGGACGAGACGAUUUUAGACUGUUUCUGAGGAAGGAGUUCAGCGGAGAGAACUUGGCGUUCUGGGAGAGCUGUGAGGACCUGAAAUGGGGAGCAGCAGCGACUAUGAAGGAGAAGGCUGAGCACAUCUACAAGACGUUCCUGGCGCGUGGAGCUCCUCGUUGGAUCAACAUCGAUGGAAAAACGAUGGAGAUCACCAUAAAGUCUCUGAAACACCCUCACAGAUACGUGCUGGACGCGGCGCAGACUCACAUCUACAUGCUCAUGAAGAAGGAUUCUUACGGCCGCUACCUGAAGUCUCCAGUUUUCAAAGAGACUCAGAAGAAAGCCCUGAGCCCUGAGGAGCACAAGUUCACGGGUUCCCAGCUGGAGCAGAACGCCCGCAGUCGCCGCCCGAGCCUGAGCCCGAUCGUCCUGCGGCAACUGGAGCAGGAGAGAAGAGCCAAGAUGGCCGCCACCGCUCCAGUCGACAUCACACAGGUCAUGAGCAAACUGAGCCGCAAACCUCAGUGACACGCCAGACCCAGACGCCAGACCCAGACGCCAGACCCAGACGCCAGACCCAUGAGGACAAGUCAAAAGUUACACAGUGCAGCUUUAAACAUCACUGCACACAGCUUCAUAAGCAGACCAUAUGAAUUCAAGUUUUAUUUUUAAGUUGAGAAGAAUAGUAACAAAAAGCAGCUUAUAGCGAUUUCAUUUUAAAGAGAAUGUUUUACGAAUUUUACUCAUCAAAUCACGGUUCAUUACAUUUUAAUUAAAUUUACAUGACGGAAUGUUUAGUGUUGUGUUUAGUCAUGUUGUUUACUUUUAGUUUUUUGCCAUUUUUAUUUCAGUUAUAACUCUGGAUGUUUGUAUGUUUAGCGCUUUGUUUAGUCCAUAGACUGUAUAUUUAAGUGGCUAUAGCUAACCUGCUAGCCGCGCCGUCUUCUAUUGAAAAACCGUGGCUCCUCUCUCUGUACUUGCUGCGGUCAGACUCGUCAUUCUGGUCUUAAAAUGUUCGUAUUAACCAACUCUACAUGAUCCUGGGGUUUUUAUUUCACUAUUUUGUUCCUAAAUCAAGAUAUGAACAUUAAUAACCGAAAAAUCAGGCUCCUGCUUUCCCCGUGGUCGCUUAUGUUAGCAUUAGCAACAGGUUUGAUUGACAGCGGGCGCGACGGGGGCAGGUAGAGGCAUUGACGCCAACAGCCUCGCUCCUGAUUGGCUCUUUGGUUGCUCUGAUACGCUCGCUUGCUUAAAUUAGCCUCUAUAACUGCUAGCCUCCAUGCUAGCCUCACACUCCCUCCG